AUGCACAAUUGGGUGGACAUACUAAAGACACCUUUGCGGAGAAUGGUUUGUGUUUUAGAAAUCAUUUCCGAUUAUAUAUUUGUCGAACUUACUGCAUUCUACAACCACCUUAUGCCUGAAAACAAGAACAAAACAACAAAUAAAAAUAAUAGCAAGGAAAGGAAGAAAAUUAAAAAGAAAAAGGUAAUGAAGUAUACAAAUAUUGUUACACAUAAUUUAACUAUUUUUAACACCACUGAUGAAUGUUGCGUGUUGCGGGAGUUGAGAGCGGGUGACCAAAUCGGGAAGUUGAAUCCCUCGACGCGUUCACCACGCGCCACCACGACGCAAGAUCCUCCCCCUACCGCCGCGGAUUUGCCUGAAUUCUCGGAAUUGGAGAAAACGCGUCUCGUCCAGAUUUGCGUUUCCAAACAAGAUCUCUAUCGCGAACUCUACUUGGGAUACAAGAACCUUAAGCCAUUUUGGAUGCAGGUCGCAGCAGAAAUGUCUAAUGUUUUUGGCGGGGACUACUCAUGGCUAGACUGUGAGCGGGUGGUCAACCACCUUACCGAUGCACGGAGAAAGGAGUUGGCGGGUUUGAGGGAGCCCAGGGCGAAAGACAAGUCCGAAAUCACUGCCAGCGUCAUGGACUGGCUGAGAGGACUGGACGACGACCAUCGACAGCAUACUCCUGAACCACUCGCGUCGCAGCCAUCCCCAACACGACGCAAAAGGAGGGCAGUCGACUUUGACGAUUUUGGUCCGAAUUAUCCUUCCUCUUCUGAAGAUUCAGCCAUGAUCGACCUCCAGAUCGAGCGUGACAAAGCGAUGAUCGAAGCUCUUCAAAAAAUCGGAGACGCGAUGGCGCAGAGACAGCAACGCGUUGCAGAACUCGAGGCUCGGGUGGACGGACUCACGCGAGUCGUCGAGAGUCAGAUGAAAUUAUUCGAGGACGUAUCGCAGAAGUUAAAUGAAAUUAUCGUGGCACUUGAUCGCAGAAAAGAGCCCAUCUCUCAAGCGAACUAG